AUUUUGUUCAUUAAAUAUAUGUUGAUCGGAGAUUCAAAAUUGGCGGUGCUAAAUUCGGUAACCGACGCUUCUUUUCAUGCACAAUUCAUUCUUCUACUUAGUUGACCGCCCGCCUAUAAAAUUCUCUUAUUCUCAAACCAUCCAGUCCUUCCUCAACUCUCCUUAAGUUCCCUUUGUCUUCUUGUCUAGAUCCCCCGUCCCCUAGUACACUCCAGAAACAAAUAGCAUAAUGAAGUUCGCGUCAGUCCUUGCUCUCGCCGCAGCCGCCUCUGUAGUAAGCGCGGAGACUAACGGUGAAAGAAUGGCGCGUGGCCUCCCCCCCAUGGCCCCCGCUCGUCGCGCUACACCAGUUGCCGCCGCCAAGCGCACCUCUCCUUCGGGCUCUGGCCAGUGCAACACUGGCUCUAUCCAGUGUUGCGAGUCCACCGCAAAGUCUGGCCACAGUAACAUCCUCGAUGAGCUGUUGGAACUCUUGCACAUCCACAUCCCUGUCGGUACCACUUGUGGUAUGAGUUGCUCCCCCAUCAGCGUUGUUGGGGGUGGCUCCGGCGCCCACUGCAACCAAGAACCUGUUUGUUGCGAGAACAACUCUUACAACGGCCUCGUGAACAUCGGUUGCUCUCCCAUCAACAUCUAGGGAACAAUCACCU